UGUUUUUUUUUGUUUUUUCAUUGUGCCAAAUCUCGACACUACUUUCUUCAUCUUUCCUGCUCCUGUCUGUGCAUCUGCAUCCGGCAGCAUCACUAAAUCCAGCAGCCAAUCAGGUGCCAGCACCAUGUCGGUGUUACCUCUGCUCAGCUGGACGCUGCUGCUCCUGGCUCAGAGCGGCAGCGCGUCUUCGGACGCGGCAUCCCGACUCCAAGCGCCACUGCUCUCUCUGGCCGUGCACCCGGACGCCGCGGCCGCGGCCGCUGCCGCGCAGUGCCCGUCCUGCGCGCUGGCCCGGAUGAGGAGGACCGAGGGGGGCGCGGCGGCUGGACACGACCCGGAGGAGGCUCAGCAGGACGUGGUGGAGGCGGUGAAGCGGCACAUCCUCAACAUGCUACACCUGCAGGCGCGGCCCAACAUCACGCGGCCUGUGCCGCGCGCCGCGCUCCUCAACGCGCUGCGCAAGCUCCACGUGGGGCGCGUGGCAGAGGACGGUAGCGUGCAGAUCGAGGGGGAGGAGGAGGAGCGGGGCCGGGGGGGCCGGGGAGGAGGAGGAAGAGUAGGGGGGGAAGCGGCGGCGAGGGCGGGAGACAGCGGCGACGCGCAGGAGACGACGGAGAUCAUCACCUUCGCCGAGGCUGGCGACUCUCCGGGCAAGGUGAACUUCGUCCUCUCUAAAGAAGGAGGCGACCUGUCUCUGGUGGAGCAGGCCAACGUCUGGCUCUUCCUCCGCCUGGCCAAGACCAAUCGCAGCCGAGCCAAAGUCACCAUCCGCCUCUUCCAGCAGCGCCGGCUCACCAACGGGCACCCGUCUCCGCCGCAGGACGACGUCCUCCUGUCGGAGAAGACCGUGGACACGCGCCGUAGCGGCUGGCACACCUUCCCGGUGUCCGCGGCCGUGCAGGCGCUGCUACAGAGCGCCGACGGCAGCACGCUGAGCCUGCGGGUGUCCUGCCCGCUCUGCGCCGACGCGGGCGCCACGCUCGUCCUUGUCUCCUCGCAGACGUCCCAGCGCGCCAACCAGCGGGAGCAAUCCCACCGGCCGUUCCUCAUGGCCGUGGUGCGGCCGGAGGAGAGCAGCGAGGCCCGUCGGCGCAGGAAGCGCGGCCUGGAGUGCGACGGGAAGGUGCGCGUCUGCUGCAAGCGCCAGUUCUACGUCAACUUCAAAGACAUCGGCUGGAACGAUUGGAUCAUCGCGCCGCCAGGCUACCACGCCAACUACUGCGAGGGCGAGUGCCCGUCCCACGUGGCGAGCAUCACGGGCUCCACGCUGUCCUUCCACUCCACGGUCAUCAGCCACUACCGCAUGCGCGGCUACAGCCCCUUCCAGAACCUGCGCUCGUGCUGCGUGCCCACGCGGCUACGAGCCAUGUCCAUGCUGUACUACAACGAGGAGCAGAAGAUCAUCAAGAAGGACAUCCAGAACAUGAUCGUGGAGGAGUGCGGCUGCUCGUAAAAAAAACUAAAACACGGAAACCCUGAAUCGGUCCGGAGAGAACUGGACUGGAGGGGAACCAGAGAACCAGAGAGAGAGAG